AUGUAUAGAAAUACUUCAGUGAAGAUUAUGUUUGAAGUUCAAUGUAAGGCUGAAUGUGCAUCCUUGACCACCCCUGAAGAUGUAGAGGUGCUAACAGUAACGGAGGGAAAGGAUAAGACAUUUACAUGUCGUAUUGGUGGUGCCAGCCCUGAGCCGGAAGUUAAACUUAGACUGAAUGGCACAUCUACUACGGAUCCAUCUGUUCGUAAAGUAUCAACAUCAGUAGCUUCUCAGUCCGGAGAGACACUUUGUCGUCCUCGAAAGUAUGAUAGGUAUUCUCCAUUAACAACAACGCAAUUUGGGUAUAGUCCCGACAGACGCCAUGAUGGAAAAUUCGUGUACUGCUCAGCCAGGAACAGUAAAAUGGGAAUUAACGACGAGGUGACCUCCAACAAAAUACGUCUGAUAGUUCAGUAUGGGCCAAUAGGGAAAGACAUUGCGUUCAAGCCAGAUGGAGCUUUCUACACAGUUCAGGAAUCUGAAUCGGUGACAGUGACCUGUUUCACAGACUGUAACCCGAGCUGCACCUACGCCUGGGCUUAUCAGGACAAAGUUAUUGUUUAUGGUAGUCGUCUUUUUCUUCCUGCUGCCACACGACUGGAGGCUGGCUAUUACAAAUGUACGGCGAGAAAUCCAGGGAACGGUGUCACUGCUGAACGAUUUCUGAAACUACGGGUACAGUAUGGUUCCCUGUCUACUGGUGCUGCAAUUGGAAUAGGACUCGCUGCGGGUGUCGUUGUUGCGAGUGUCGUUGCUGUCCUUAUUUGUUGUGUAGUACGCAGAAAGACACAACGUCGAAAUAGGAAAAGGUCUGAUUCCGAAAAACAUACGUAA